CUCAUUUGAUUAGUCAUUUUGUUCAGCUGUUUCCUUAUUAGUUUCCUUUAAGUUAUUGCUGUGUUUGCUUGUCUGUCCUCAUUCGGAUUUUCCUGUGGAUAUUGUUAAAGACAAUUUUGAAUCUGAAUCUUCUUCGUCAUGCAUUCCAUUUUGUCGUUAAAUUGAGAUUUAACAGCACUUCAACACAGGAAUUAGGUCAAGACAGGACAAGAUUUGGUCUUCAAAAAGCCUUUUUCCAAAAGCAGCAGUUGUGCAGACUUCUCACAGAAGAAGCCAAAGCAAGGAGAGACCUCUCAUGAUGUGUGCUUCAGUGGGUGAUCUGAGGAUUGUUCUGCUGGCCAAGAGCUUGUCAGAAAACUGCGGAGUGGGAAACUUAAUAUUAGGUAAAAAAAUGUUUGACAGUGAAGCUCUUCCAGAUCAAGUGCAGAAACAAAGAAGAAUGCACAAGACAGUCAUAAACGUUCCUCACCUGCUUCAGCCACAUCUCUCAGAUCAUCAGAUCACAGAGGCAGUGAAUGAGUGUAUGCGUCUGUCUGAUCCAGGACCUCACGUGAUCAUUCUGGUCCUCAAAAAUGAUCAGUGUUCAAGAGAAGAUCAAGAGCAUGUGGAAAAGGUGCUGCACUCUUUCUCCGACAAGGUUUAUGAACAUACCAUGGUGCUCAGCACACAAGAACCAGACAGUGAACCGACUAAAGUCAAUGACGUUAUAAGGGAAAUUAUUAAAAAAUGUUCUAACAGACAUUACCAACUUAAGAAAAGCACCUCUUCUGUUGAUCUUAGAGAGAAAAUAGAGAAUUUUGCACAAAUUAACAGUAAACGCUAUCUUGUUUGUGAUAAAUUUGCAAGUUCAGAAGGUUCAGAGAAUUCCAUGGAGCAACAGGUUACAGAAGGAGGACAUACAGAGUCAACACUGACUGUUGCACUCGUUGGAAACUCUGAAUCUAUCCAAUUUAAACCUGAAAACAUUCUACUUGGAGAAGAUAAACCCUUUAAAACUGUAGAAACAUCCAGGAUCGUUCCUGUACAGAGGGAGAUAGCAGAACGUCACGUGUCAGUAAUAAACAUGAUUAGUUUACAUGAAACUGACUCUGUGCAUCAUCUCAUCGACCAACUAUUGAAUGAAAAUAAAAUCCAUGCAUUCAUCUUUGUUGUGCGACUGGGUCAGUUAACAGACGCUGAUAAGAUGGGACUUGAAUGGCUUCAGAGAGUGUUUGGUGAUAAAGUUCUUCAGUUUGUGAUGAUUCUUUUCACCUAUGAGACAGAAGAAGAGUGUGAUACUAUAAUUGAUGAUAUGAAGAACAAAAUUGUUCUGGAGCAGCUCCUGGAGAAAUGUGGAGGAAGAUAUCAGACCUGUAACAAGAGAUUGAACAACCAAUCAGAGAUGAGUGAAUUGAUAAACAAGAUUGAGCAUCUGUUUAAGGAAAAUCAACAGCAGUGCUACACUGCAGACAUUUACAACACAGUGUUAACAAGGCAAAAUAUCUUCCAAAAGAAUAAAGAUGAGACCGAUAAAACCACAGUCAAGAAUGAGAGCCCUGAGCACACCACUACAAGAGCAACGAGAGGAACACAAAAGAUAAUGGUUUCAAUAGAAGAAACAAGAUCUGAACUAGACAAAGGAAAAUAUUUUUUUAAAACAACAAAGCAUCUCUUUGAUAGACUUCAUCUUAAAGCCAGGCACUGUAACCUAAGAGCUGCAGAUGUCCUUCAGUUAACUGAACAUUCAUUACUGGCCCAUGAAUCUUGUGCUGAAGAAGAGCUGAUUCAGACUUUAGUACAAAAACUACUGAUGAUGAACUACAGAGCAAGAUACAUUCAUGUUAAUAAGGCUAGUGAACAGGAUCAAACACAACAAAGAGAUACUGACUUAGCUGAAGACAGUGGUGAUAUAUUCAAAGCGGUGUCUUUGUCAAACAAAGGAACAAGCCAAUCUGACCCUGUUCAUCCGAUGGAUGUUCAGAUGGCUGCGUUUCAUUGUGCUGAUAGUUUUCUGAAGCAGCUGAUGGUGACUAAACUGUCCCAGUGUCAGUACGCUCUGCCUCUGCUUGUUCCUGAUCCAUUCACUCAACAGAUUGAGUUUCCUCUCUGGACAUUCAGACAAAUCAACAAGAGCUGGAAGAUGAGAAACACCAACAAUGAAAUCAUCAGUCAAACCCAGUCGAUCGACAAGGCAGAAACUCCAGUGGUGUUUUUCUUCAGGUUUGGCUCUGUGUCUUCAUCCAAGUCUCAGCUGAUGAACAGUCUGAUCAAUGAGAAACACAACACGUUCUUCCACAGGAACUGCCCAGGCAGCAGCAAAACCAGAGUCCUGAUGGAUGGAGUGGUGGAGAUCGCCUGGUUCUGCCCUUCUGGAAGAGAAACAGAUAAAUUCACUGAGUGUGUAGCGUUCUGUAAUCUACACGGUGACGCAGGAGACCAUGAGAAACAGCUGCAGAUCCUCACUGAAAUGAGCUCAGUCAAUGUUGUUCUUCUACCACGACUCGACAGGAAUGACAAACAUGCAGCAAAGAUACAAAACCUGUAUGGGAACAGAAAGCCACUCAUUUGUCUUUUUACUGAGGAUGUUUCAAUUCUCACUUUGAUGCAAAAAGGAAAAUAUAAAAUUGGUUUGAAAGACAGAUGUCAGCCAGCUGUUUCUGAUGAACUCAGAAGAGCUAUUAAAGAUUGUCUCUCAGAAUCAUCUUCCACUUUCAGACUUGAAGAUGUGUCCAAACACUCAGACAUCAGAGUAGAUGAGGAAGAUGAUGAUGAUUGUAGGAGAGGAAGAGAAGCAGCACAACAGAUGAUGAGUUUACUGGAGAAGAAAGAUCUUACAGAAAUCAAAGAAUCGUUUCUGCCUCAUCAGGGGAAACUGUGGCAUCAGUGGAGUCAGAAGAACAAAGAACUACAUCGGCCUCGAGCAGAUGAGACCGAAAUGGAAAUAAGUAAAAAACACUCAGAAACUAUGAAAAUCAGAGAACAACAGCAUGAAUGUGAAAUCAGUGAGUUUAUGAAGCUAUUCAUUAAAGAAAUUAGUUCACAUGCUGAAAAUAAAAUGUUUUUCCUUAAAUGGCUCAGAAUCCUCCUGGAUGAAUAUACAUCAACUGAUCUUUCUGCUCUACAUCACAAAUAUUAUGAAAAGUUGUCAACGGUUUUAAAACUGAAAGAGAAACAUGAACCAGAAGAACUGACAUUUAAACAAACUGAACUUGAGAGAAUAUCUGAGGAUCUUCAAGCUGCAACCUUUGGUUUGGAGCACAUCAUGAGGGAGAUCGGUCAGAUCUAUGAAUCAUGUUCAUCUGUGAAGAAAAACAAGAAAGACCUGCAGGUUCACUUCUCUUCUCUCCCGAGUCUUGCAGCUGAGAUGAUGAUCUCUGGGUUUCCACUGGAGCUGAUGGAUGGAGAUGCUGCUCAUGUUCCUGUGAUCUGGAUCUCUGCUGUUCUAGAUCAACUCAUCCAGAAACUGGGAGACCAGAGAGUCUUUGUGCUGUCAGUUUUAGGGAUUCAGAGCUCUGGGAAAUCCACCAUGUUGAAUGCCAUGUUUGGACUCCAGUUUGCAGUCAGUGCUGGCAGGUGCACUAGAGGAGCUUUCAUGCAGCUGAUAAGAGUGUCAGAUGAGAUGAAAACACAGAUGAACUUUGACUAUAUUCUGGUUGUUGAUACUGAAGGUCUUUGUGCUCUAGAACUGGGAAGAUCAACAAGAGAUCAUGACAAUGAACUGGCCACAUUUGCUGUUGGUAUUGGAAAUCUGACCUUGAUCAACAUCUUUGGAGAAAAUCCUGCUGAGAUACAGGAGAUUCUUCAGAUUGUUGUUCAGGCCUUCAUGAGGAUGAAGAAGGUCAGACUGAAUCCCAGCUGUGUGUUUGUGCAUCAGAAUGUUACUGACGUCACAGCUGGAGAGAAAAACAUGGAGGGAAGGAGACGACUGCAGAAAACACUGGAUGAGAUGACAAAACUUGCCGCCAAAGAGGAAGUCUGUGAUGCAGAAUGUUUUAGUGAUAUCAUUACAUUUGAUGUACAGAAUGAUGUAAAGUAUUUUGCUCAUCUCUGGGAGGGCAGCCCACCAAUGGCACCACCAAACCCAAACUACUGUGAGAACAUUCAAGAACUAAAGAAAACUAUUAUGUCUCAUGCCUCAAAAUCAGAUGAAAUGGUUCUGGUAGACUUAAAAGACCGUAUUAAAGAUCUUUGGGAGGCUUUACUGAAUGAAAGAUUUGUCUUCAGCUUCAGAAAUUCUCUGGAGAUUUCGGCCUACAGGAAACUGGAGACAAAAUACAGCAAGUGGUCCUGGAGUCUUCGCAGUGCUAUGCUGGAAACUGAGAACAAACUACACAACAAAAUUGAAAAUGAAACAAUUGAUGAAGUUGAUGAAAUUGAUCUUCAAAGAGAAUUGAAGAAGACAAGUGAAGAAGUUAGGAAAUCAAUGUCAGAGUUCUUUGAGAAAGACACAGAUGCAAAUAUACUGAUUCAAUGGAAAACAUCAUUUGAAAAUAAAAUCAAAGAUGUUGAAGAAAAUAUUGUAAAAGGAACAAAGAGGAAAUUAAAUGAGAUUGUUCAGCAGCGAGACCUGAGGAAAGUAAUUGAUGCUCAGAGUAUACACCACGAAAACACUCUCUAUGAAAAGAGCAAAGAACUUGCCUUAAAACUGAAAUACAAAGCAAAAGAUGAAGAAACACUGAAGAAAGAGUUUGAUUUGUUUUGGGAACAGAGCGUGAAGAAGAUCAUCAGAGACACUCAUUCAGUCAAACACAUUGAUGCAUUGAGGGAUGUGAAACUCCUCCUCAGUGACAUGUUUGAAGGAUGUCUCCCAAGAGACCACUCGAAAGAGGGCAGUAAGCAUAACCAUAUUUUCACGGUGUCGAGUUAUUCUGAAUAUGUUGUUUUCAAAAAGUCCACAAAAAAGGGAACUACAGAGGGUGUAAAGGAUGGUUACAGAACAGUUAGAGGAACAUUUCGAUAUACUCCGAUUCUGUCUCCAGUAGAUGAAGCCCAAAUAAGAAUAUUGGUCCGAGAUGUUGUUCAGCAGACAGACAACAUGAUUCAGUCAUUUAAUAUUGCAAAGAUGGGAUACAACAUUAGCUGCAUUCAACAACUCACAGAUCACAUCAUUAAGAAAGUAAAACAACAUGAGGAAGGGCCAGUGAAAUAUGUGUUCAAGAAACAAUUCUUUAUGGAUUUGGUUAUUUCCAUUUGUAAGAGAGCAAACAAGAUGAUCACUGACCAACACAGACUGUUCAGGGAAACCAAUGAUCCUGUAAUAUAUGUCGAGAAGAAGAGAGAAGAGUGCUAUAAUAUUUUCCAGACAUACUGUCAUGGAGCAACAUCAACUGCAAUUUUUGGCAAGAUCAUCUGUCAGAAACUGAAAGAGCCCAUUGAGCAGAGUGUCUACAAGAAGACUGCCAGAGAUCUGACGGAUGAAAUGAGAUCAAACUGUGAAUCACUGAAUGGAAACAGAUCAAAUCUGGAGAAACACAUCCUGAAGAGACUGGCAGAAAAGGAGGAUUUUGACAAAUUCAUGAACUACAUUAAUAAUCCUAAAGAUCACUUCAAGAGUUUCAUCAGAGAUGAAGUCAGUCUGUACAUCACUGAUAAGUUCAGUCUCAGUGUUUUACCCAAGAUGAAGGAGAACAUUAAACUCCUGCAGCAGAAGAUCAUGAAAGCAGCUCAUCAAUCUACUGAACAUGUUCAAGUGAACAGUGCAGAUGUUGGUUUGUGGUUGAAGAGUUUCACACAGCAGCUCUCAGAUGAUCUGAUCUUCUCUGAAAAAGACCUCAGUGGAGUCAAACAUGAUGAUGUUGAUGAUUUCAACCUCCUAGAAGAUGUCAUUAGAGAAGAAAUUACAGCUAUAAUGUUUGACAUCAGCAAUACUUUUAACACAGAGACAUUUCUUGUAAAUCUUGACUAUAAGUUCAGGCCAGAUGAGAUUCUGAUUGAUCACUUCUGUCAGUGCUGUUGGGUUCAGUGUCCAUUCUGUACAGCCAUCUGCACCAACACCAUAGAAAACCAUGAUGAGGAUCACAGUGUUCAAUUUCAUCGUAGUAUUGGACUGAAUGGGAUACAUUACAGAAAUACAUCUAACUUGUCUACACAUAUCUGCACAUCAGCAGUAGCAAACAGCAAUCUAUAUUUUUAUCCCAAUGACUCAGAUGAUAGAGUCCCAUGGAGAGAUUACAGAAAAGCAGGAGGAGUUUAUGCAGACUGGAGCAUCACCCCUGAUCUCUCUGUACUGCCCUACUGGAAGUGGUUUGUGUGCAGAUUCCAGAAAGAUCUGGAAAAAUACUACAAUAAUAGAUUUGAAGGGAGUGGUGAGAUUCCUUGUGAAUGGAGAACAUACUCAAAACAGGAUGCUACCGAGAGCUUAGAUAAAUACAAUUAAUUAUUACAAUUGAACCUUGAAGUUGAAAUUUGAGUUGAAACUUUGAAAUUGAAGUUUCUUUUAGGUCUUUGACUUUUUGAACAUUUAAAAAAAAUGUGUUUCUGUUUCUCAUUAUUUGAAUUACUUUUUUUUUUUGGGAUACCUUAAAGAAAAGAUUUAAGUGUCCUAUUUUAAGAUCUGGUAAACUAAUCAGCAGGUUAAGACUAUAGAUGUUGGAACAAAACAACUUUGUGACAGAGCAAUAAUAGAAGGCUUUUUAAAUUUAGUUUAGUUUUCAGUGUUCAGUGAUUUAGUGUCCACUAGUUUUAGUUGAUUUUAGGGUAUAUUUGGUGGCGUUUUUCUCCCACCAAUUUAAAAAUAUGUAUUUUAUACAAUUAUAUUCAUAAAAAAAUACAUUGAGCCGUGCAUUCCUGGGUUUGUAGAAUCAAAGAACUCUAGUGUGAAUAAAUCGCCAUACGAAUAAAUCGCUUCUCCAGUGUGAAUAAAUCGCCAUACGAAUCCGUGAGUUUUAUCUAUGAGGUGCCAUGUAAAUUUAUUUUUACAGGCGUCCACAUGAGAAACAAUUACCGUCUAAAAAGGGCUCAAGACUCUUAUUUUUAUUUCAUAGGAUAAACAUUUUACAUUGACGCCAAUCUAUUCCUUUAUAUUUGUUUGAGGUAUGUGAAAUUCUAUUUUUGGGAUGGUUUAUUUGUAUGUGAUGGUAUAAUUUGAGGUUGAAAAUAAUUUUGUGUGACUUUAAUAGCCAUAAUAAAAGUAAGAUGGAUCAG